AUGGUGGUUGAUGGCGCGGAGGCUGUUCCUAGUCGACCGGCGCGAUUCUUCUGCCCAGUUGCCACUUGCCCCUCCAGCGACCCUGCUCGAGCCCCUGGCUGGGCAAGCGUGCACAACAUGCUCCACCACAUUGAUAGCCAUCUUGCUGGCACACUCCAAGGUGAUGUUCCGGCCAAUUGGCUCCAAACUAAUGGCCGGCAGCGGUGCCGGGUUUGUGGGCUUAGUGUCUCCACCCGACAUGAGGUGCAUCCUACCUGCCGGCCGCAGGAUCGGGCCGGGGUGGGCGGCGGUGCCCAGCGGGCUGAUGACCCCACGCUGCCGAGCUUCCAUGACAUCCAGGUCCAGUCUGCUGCAAUGCCUGCCGCCCUGGAGCUUGCUCCUGAUUUGGUGGGCCAAGUUCUUCGAGACUUCCCCACUGACACCGCGCCGGGAGCAUGUGGCUUGCGAGUGCAGCACCUGCGUGAGGCAGGGUCACCAGGAGACCAACAAACUCUCAUCUCGCACUUGACUGCCGUUGUUAACCUGAUGGUGCAGGGCCAGGUCUGUGCUGACGCGGCUCCUGUCCUCGCUGGUGCUGUGCUUGUGGCCGUCCCCAAGCCAAAGGGGGGAGUGCGACCCAUUGCCAUUGGUGAGGUGUUGCGCCGGCUGGUCGGCAAAUGCUUGAUGCGUUCCGUGCGAGAGGAUGCCGCCAUUACCUCUGCCCAGCUCAAGUUGGAGUCGGGGUACCCUCUGGGCCUGAAGCGGCUGUCCACACCACCCGCGCUUGGAUGCGGCGGUGGUGGAUGCGGCCGUGGCCCAUUUUCCGGGCCUCGCAAGAUGGGCGGCGUGGUGCUAUGGGCAACCGACCUCGCUCUCCGGGCCAGCCCGCUCGACCUGGCCCUCUUCUUUCUUGAUGAUGGUGUGAUCGCUGGCGACGUAGCAGACGUUGGCCAGGCUUUGAGUGAGGUUCAACGACGGGGGGCUGCGCUUGGCUUACAGCUUAACCUGUCCAAAUGCGAGGUCGUGGGAGUCGGACGGCUGGAUGCUGACAUGUUGCGGUCCCACCUGCCGGAUGAGCUCCUCUUCAAGCCUGAUGGCACCAGCCGCUUGCAGUGGAACUUCGAACUUCUGGGAGCCGCUGUGGGCGAUGUCACAUUCCAUGCUAUCCAUGCCACGUCUUGCGCAGGCCACUGCCGGGUGGUGCAUAGUAUGCGGUGCUGUCCGCCACGCGGGCUGUCGCCAGCGCUUCAGCUCUUUGACUCCUCAGUCAGGGACUGCUUCGCUGCCCUCACUGGACUGCAUCUCGAUGCUGCGCAAUGGGAACAAGCUGCCCGGGCACUCUCCUAUGCUGGCCUGGGUCUCCGAUCCACCACAGCUGAUGCCCCAGCAGCAUUCCUUGCCUCACUCGGCGCCUGCCUCGACACCUGCCGGGCUAUUGACCCCAGCUAUGCUGACGCUGGGCUCGCUGUGGAGGUUGAGGUUGUCGAGGCGGUCGAUGCUCUGAACCGCAACAGGGCUGCGCCCCUCGCUGCCCAUCUGGCGCUCGGCAUGAAGCAGAAGUCCCUCACUGCAGCGACUGACGAGGCGAGCUGGGUCCGUCAGCUUGCCAGCUGCUCGCUGACGUCUCGGGCCCUGCUUCGAUCUGAGGCUGAACCCGGCGCGCGGGCCUUUCUGGCGGCCACUCCUUCAGGUCCCAAGCGCAUCGAAACUGCCCUCUUCGUCACGGAGCUCCGGCAAAGACUUGGAGUCCCGGACGCUGCCGCUGACGCUUGGUGCCCCAAGUGUGACGGCGUCCUGGAUGCGCUCUCUUUACAUGCCGCAACCUGCAGCGCCACAAUGCAGUUCGCGACCUGCUCUGCAGGUGGGCUGAGCGAGCGGGAGGCUGGCAAUGCUUUGCGGCGCCCCGCGGAUGUGUACUUGCCCUGCUUGCGGGGAUCUCCUGCUGCCCUUGACCUGGCCAUUACGGCCGCACAGCAGCAGGAGACUCUCGCCCAGGCGGGUAACAAGGCACUUGCGGCUGCCCAAGCCUAUGCUCAACACAAGGCGGCUCACUUGGACACAGCUCGCUUGUGCGAGUCUCAAGGCAUCAAGUUCCUUCCCAUGGUGGUGGAGAGCAGUGAUGCAUGGGAGCCGGCUGCGAGCAAAGUACUCCUGCAGAUAUCCCGCGCCGCGGCUGCGCGCACAGGCGCUGACGCCGCUCUCCUUCACGCCGAUCUGCUGCAAGAACUUUGUGUGACAAUCCGCGCUCACCGCGCACGUGCAGUGCUGCGCCGUCGAGCGGAGCUAGUGGACGAAGCGCCACUGCCAUGCUGGCAGACAUUCGUGACGUUGUUCUUUACAUGUUUGCCCCUUGAGAUCCUUUGCAACGGAGUGUGA